AUGAUUUUGGCUUCUCCUAAGUUGGAACCUCGAGCAUGUUGGAAAUUCACCGCUGAGGUGCUCAUUUUGCAUCAUCCUACCACCAUCUGGACCGGUUAUCAGGCGAUGGUUCACGCUGGGCCAAUCCGACAGACUGCCACUAUCAUUGAAAUUAAAGGAUGUGAUCGCUUGCGUACCGGUGACAAAGAUGAGGUCCGCUUUCAAUUUAUCAAGCAGCCCGAAUAUCUGAAGAAGGGCAUGAGACUCGUGUUUCGUGAGGGCAAGACAAAGGCAGUCGGUUAG